UACCCUUACAAGAACCAGGAAGAAAAAAACCCUAACUACAGGAUGCCGUCGGUAUUUAUUUUACUUUUUUCUGAUAGAAAACCCUAGCCGCAGUGCCUUCAACAACCCUAAUUUCCCUUCCUGUUCUCCUAUUAUAUUUAAGGAUUUACAGGGUUUCUCACACUGUACUCCAUACAUAUUAACUUUCUCUCUUCCUUCAAGAACCCUAUUUUCUCUUUCUCGCUUCACCACGCCGAAUUUUUUGGAACUUCAGUAAGAUCGAUGGAAGUUGGUUUUCCUGUAAACGCAAUCAGAUUCAAGACAAAAGGAUUUUUCUACCAAGGAGAACGUAAAGUGAAAUUUUUGGAAUUCAGGAAACGCAAGGAUCCUGCCGUGCAGAAGAGAGCUCGGAAGACCAUGCGGGAUUUAAAAUCAUGGGCCAAUAGGCUGGCUGAAGGUAAAUAUAGACUUUGGCUGGGUAUAGCAGCGACAAAAUAUCCACCUGACGCACCAAAGUUGAAAUGGUUGGAGCCGAAAUUAGAGGGGGUAAGAACUGGUGUGAUUACACCCGAGACGAUCAGGGAUGAUCUAGUUAAUGCUGUCCUUGAGAGAAUGAACGAAGAUGAUGAGUAGUUUUCAGAAUGAAUUGCAUCCAUAAUGGUGGCUGGUCUCUCUUCUCUCCUCCGCAGAUAAGGAAAAGAAAAAAACGAAAGAGGAAUGGUGUUCCUGACGCUAGAAGUGUGACCAUUUUCGAUUAUAUUUUCCCGUGUUCAUUAGAUCUACUUUAUUAUUACUUGGACACGAUUUAGUUUAAAUUGAAUAUGUUAUAUUAAUCUCGAUGUUUUUUUAGUUUAAAUCCAAUAAUUGAAUAAGAGAAUU